UGCUUGUUUGGCGAUGGAAGCGGCUGCGUAGACUUGCUUGCAGCCCCAGAAAGUAGCCGGCGAUCCGGGCGUCAGAUUUUGCCAAAAUUCUGGACUGCUUGAUUCAGUAGGAGACACCCAGCCAAUCGACUGACCCGGAGCUUCAGAGCCAUGGCAACUGAGGAGUCAGAAGAUGCCAUAGCCGAGUCGACCCUUUCCUCAGUAGCCAACUGGAAGAAGCAAGGGCCUGAAAAGCCUAACUAUGCUCUCAAGUGUACGCUCCUGGGACAUAGGGAAGCAGUGUCAUCAGUUAAGUUUAGUCCAAACGGAGAAUGGCUUGCAAGUUCUUCUGCUGAUGCACUAAUUAAAAUUUGGGGAGCCUAUGAUGGAAAAUAUGAUAAAACACUAUAUGGUCACAAUCUGGAAAUAUCAGAUGUCGCCUGGUCAUCAGAUUCCAGUCAUCUUGUUUCUGCCUCAGAUGAUAAAACUCUAAAGAUAUGGGAUGUGAGAUCUGGAAAAUGCUUGAAAACGCUGAAGGGGCACAGUAAUUAUGUUUUUUGUUGUAAUUUCAACCCGCCAUCCAACCUUGUCAUUUCAGGAUCUUUUGAUGAGAGUGUGAAAAUAUGGGAGGUGAAAACAGGAAAGUGCCUCAAGACUUUGUCUGCGCACUCUGACCCAGUUUCUGCUGUUUAUUUUAAUUGUAGUGGGUCCUUGAUAGUGUCAGGUAGCUAUGACGGUCUCUGUAAAAUAUGGGAUGCUACAUCAGGUCAGUGUUUAAAAACACUUGUUGAUAAUGAUAACCCACCUGUCUCUUUUGUAAAAUUUUCUCCUAAUGGUAAAUACAUUCUCACUGCAACUUUGGACAGUACUCUUAAACUAUGGGAUUAUAGCAGAGGAAGAUGCCUGAAGACAUACACUGGUCAUAAGAAUGAGAAAUACUGCAUAUUUGCCAAUUUUUCAGUUACUGGUGGAAAGUGGAUUGUGUCUGGUUCAGAGGAUAAUCUGGUUUACAUUUGGAACCUUCAGACUAAAGAGAUUGUACAAAAAUUACAAGGUCAUACAGAUGUUGUGAUUUCAGCAGCUUGUCAUCCUACAGAAAACAUCAUUGCAUCAGCAGCAUUAGGAAAUGACAAAACAAUUAAACUGUGGAGGAGUGACUCCUAAAACUUUUAAAAGUCAAAUUAGUAGAACCAAUUUGGGGGAAAAAAAAAAGCCUUGGAUAUUUAAAAAGAUGGUUUCUCUUAAUUUUGUCAUGGUUUUCUGUUUCUUUUUAAAAUUGUCUUGGAUUUUUAAGACUUAUAAAUUUAUAAAGCAAUACAGUUGCAAAAGCAAAUCUAGA